UAGAAUUUUCGCGUAUCUUCUGGUGCGAGUCCUUCUUUCCAGAAUAGCUCGCUAACGUCAUCUUCACCCGGCUCUCCUCUCGCACCGGUGGCCCCAGCAGCUGUGAGGGAUGUUUGUGUUUGCGGGAGGUGUCAUGGUGUCAAUGCUGCUGUGUGCUAAUGCUAACAGCUCAAUGGAAACCAAUGUGAAGCGAGCGGAGUGAAGCUAGCCACGCAUCCAUAACAACAGACACAGAGGGGCGGGACAGCUGCACAGGUCGCAGUGAACCGGGGUUUCUGCCGGCCAUGUAUUCAUUUUCAGGCCCCACCAGCCCCCCUGAGUUUGACCUCGGACCUCCAAGUACGUCUGGUCACCUACAGAGAGCUCCAGUCUCUAACAACAGCUGGGAGACACGCUGCCUCAGAAAGCACAGGAGGAGAGUUGAUGAUGAGGGAUGCAGUGCCAAAAGGAGAAGGCUAAUGGUGCCGGCCGAAGUGGAUAAUGUAGAGGAUUCAAACACGAGCACUCGCUGUGGCUGGCCCACAGCAAACAGCUGCCCUGCCCUGUCUGCAGAGGAAGCACUUCCACAGCCCUGCCCGGAGCCUGAGCCGCUGACCUCGCCUUCGCAUCCAUCCUCUGCCCUGUCCCGAGCGGAGACGGAGAGUUCCUGCAUGGAGGUAGAGGCCGCUCAGAGGAAACUUCAGGAGAUCGAAGACAGAAUAACGCUGGAAGACGAUGACGAGGACCUGGACGUAGAGCCAGCCCCAAGACGACCAGUGCUGGUGAUUUCAGACAGUUUGAAAGAGGACCUGCAGCGUGGCAUCAGCAACAUCCUCCCCCACAAAGUAGCCCAGUCUGUGAGCCAUUCCUGCAUGGAGCUGGUGCUGUGGCGGCCACCUGACGACCCCUUUUGUCGGAGGCUAAAGGGCUCUUUACAAAAACAGCGCAAACAACAGACAGCAUCACGGCAACCCCCAACUCCGUGUCCAUCUCCUGUGCCUCACAGUCCUCUGAGCCCCCCCAGUGCACCUGCAGACUCACACUCUGUUAUGUACAGCUUUCCUGUGGCCCACAGCUCUGGAGAGGAGGACAUGGAAAUGUAAUUUUUGUCUUUAAUGACUUUAAAAGCCACACCAAAGUAAAAGAGUGGACUUGUAGUAACACAAAGGUGAUAACGGACUCAGAACCACCUUAAAUUUGUCACUUUGGCAAAGUAUGUUGGGCUUUGCAUGAAUAUUGUGCGGUUUUGGACAGUUUGUGCAACACGUACAGUAUUUUCAUUUUCAGUUUCCUGACUCAUUUUCAGUUUUCUGACUAUAAUCCCAGCCAACUAUAUGUAACAUGUAAGACUAUCACUUACCUAAUGAAUUAGUUUGAUUCAUUUCUAUCUCCACAGUAACUGUCAUGACUUCAAGGCUGGAAAUUCCAUUGACAGCCUUACAUGAUCAGUUUCUCUUACUGAGAGAAUUGACCUUUGCCCUUACAAAUAGGAUCAUUUGUAUAGAAUGUUGCCGAGACUUGGCCAUUGUUCACUGAUGUGUUGUGACUAUGAGUCUGUUCUUUGUGACACAUCAGUGUGCAGCACCUGAAUUUGUACAGUUUUACAUCCAGCUCGUGGGCUUUAUUAACGAGACACUGGGUUCUUGUGAGCUCACUGCAUGGCUUGCAGUUGUACUUGUGGUAGAAAGAUGAUCUUCCUACAGUGUUUAGCGAGUACGCUAUCUGUGAGCCUUCAGAGUUUUGUAAAGAAGUUGUGGAAAUGCACCUUUUUAUGAUUCGAUUGUAUUUUCCAAUACACGUUACCAGAAUUGCAGCCAGCCAUUAAGUAUUUCACUUUAUAUUUCUUUAUAUUAAACAAACUUAAAUUGUA